AUGCUGAGCGUCAGUGGAUGAGAGCUCAGACUGGUGGAUAAAUGCCUUCUGCUCUGCCUCGUUUAUCUCUGGGUCUCCUGCCUCUCUUUAAUUCAGACUGCAUCAGUUCAUUUGUUUUUGCCAAAGUGUGACGGGGAGACAUGGAGGUUUUCUCCUUCCUUCCUUCAUCACAAUCUUUGCCAUUUCUUUGGCAGAUGUAUUUAUUUUUAUAUUUUUUGCUUUAGCCUCACGUGCUCACCAAGGCUGUUGUUCUUUUUGUUUUGCUUAUGAAGAGUUGUCCUCUUUCUGUCUUCUCGGCAAGAUGUUUUUCUCUUCCAAAUUUUCACUGUCCAACAUCCAUGUGAGGCUGACAGCGAAGGGAUUGCUCAGAAACCUCCAGCUGCUGUCAGGAUGCAAGAGCACUGUGGUGUUUCAGGCAGUUGACAAGAACAAGUCAAGGACGAUUUCCCGAAACCAGCAGCCCCCGACAAAUGCGCAACCGGAUCUGGUACCACCAGAGAGCAAGUCUAGAAAUGUGGAGUACUACAAAACUGUGUGUGAGAAGAAGAACCAGACCAUUCAACAGCUGGAAAACACGCUCCGAUCCAACAACCGCAGAUUCGAGGCAGUGGCUGUGGUCAUAAAGCAUCUAUGUGCUGGGCAUGAGGAGACGAUGAAGCAGCGCAGGGAGCUGUCUCAGGAGCUGGUCACCUUGCGUGAGGAGCUGGUGAGCUCGGCUCACUCCUGUGAGCGUCUGGAGCAGGAGAAGGAGGAACUGCGUGCAGUUUUUGAUGGAGUUCUACAGAAGGUCCAGGAGCAGCACCGCUCAGACCUCACUGACCUCGAGGAGAGACUCAAGACCUUUUACUCCACCGAGUGGGAGAAGGUCCAUCAGACCUACCAGGAGGAGGCUGACAAGUGCAAAGCUCAGAUGGAGCAGCAGCUAAAAGAGUUGCGAGAAAAACAUGAGGCUUUGAAGAAGGAACUGGAAGUCAGCCAUAUGGAGGAGGUGGAUGGCCUUAAACUACAGUUUGAAGAGACUUUCAAAGAACUCAGACAGUCCCAUGAAAAGGAAAUGCAGACUUUCAAUGCAACACUGAAGGAAUCAGAGGACACAUUAUCUAAUCGAAUUCAGGAGCUCAUGACGGAGAAUAACAACCUCAAAGAAAAACUAGAUGCUGAAGUGAAGAGAAGGAAGGAUCUGGCUGAGAAAACACAGGACUCGCAUACUCUUUAUCUGGAGCAGGAGCUUGAAAGCCUUAAAGUAGUGUUGGACCUCAAGAACAAACAGAUCCAUGAACAGGCCAAGAAACUCAUGCAGAUAGACAAACUGAUGGAGAGGAAUGUGAAGCUGGAUGAAUGUCUUAAGAAACUGCAACAGGAAAACGAGGACCUUAAAGCCAGAAUGGACAGACAUGCUGCUUUGUCAAGACAACUGUCCACAGAGCAGGCGGUUUUGCAGGAAACCCUCCAGAAGGAGUCCAAAGUGAACAAACGCCUAUCUAUGGAGAAUGAAGAGCUGCUCUGGAAGCUCCACAACGGUGAUCUGAGCAGCCCCCGUAAGGUCUCCCCUUCCCCGUCCCUGAAUCUCCAGUCACCGCGGAACUCUGCAGUGUUCUCCAGCCCUCCUGUCUCGCCCAGAUAACAACGGCCUUCAGCUUCCAGGAAGCACUUUCAUACAGGACAGAGCACUUCCUGCAUGCUGAAGCUGGUCUGGACCAUGUCAAUGGCUCUCAAUAUGGAAUGGACUUUGUUGACUCUUGUACAGAUUAAAAAUAAAAAAACUGAAGACUAUAUUGCACAGAAGCACUUACCAAUGAGGUCACCCUCGUACCUUGCCUUUCACAUCAGACUAGGGAGGAAAAAAGAAAUAUCUCAGGGCUUGUAGAAGGUUUCUCUCAAAUGUAUGGGUUUUUUUCCCUCCUGAAUGGCUUUGUUCCCUGAAGGUCCUACCUUUUUAGUUUUUUGGGGUUUAUUUUUUAGAGGACUGACAUUAGAAUCCACGACUGGGGCCUUUAUCAACUUUUCCACCAGACGCCUUUGAGUGUACCUGUAUAUACGCAGAUUUAUCUUCGCUCUGGGACGAAUGCCCAAAUGCAAGCUGGCCAAUGGACAUUUCCCAGAUGCUGCUGCUCGUGUAGCGUUUGGUUUCCCUUUAUUUUAUGCAGGACUUCAGAUCCCAGAUGAACUUUUCUAAAGAGGCACUUCAUAGAUCAACUCAUGCCAUAAACCGACUGUUACUAUUUACUCGAAUGGAAACAUUCACUGAUCACAACCAGGUGUUCUCAAAACCUUAUGCAACAUUUUUUUUCUUGUUUAUAUCAUGCCUUUAUUUGUGAUUUUGUAAAUGGUAUUUGUUUUAAAUCACACAUUAAGAACUGCAAAAAGGUGAGCUUUAGCCAGAUCAUGAUGCAUGUUUCAUCACAAAUAUGCUCUCCAUAUCACUCUCAUAUGCAUAGGAGAGAUGCAAUACAGUGAUUGAUGCAGAAUGAAUUGAUUAGAAGUCUUGAAUGUUUUGAUUAAUACCUGUUUAAGUGUUGAAUUAGCCCCUUUUCCUAAUUUCUUGCCAAUCAGAGAUGCAAUGGUAUAGUAUGCUUGAUAUGUUAAUGGAAAGUCAUUGGGCAGCCCUGUGACUGAAGGCAUACACUAUUGGGAAUCUGACUUUUCUUUCUUGAAUACGGGUUUUGUAUAUUAUUCUGUAUGAUUGAGCCCUACGGCGGAUUCGAGUGUUCGUUGUCCUCGUUUCUAUAUUUAUUUCAGAUCAUGAGACCAAUGUAAUGACCGAGCAUGUUUUGUGGCCUCUGGAGCUCCCCCUCUGUCUGAAACCCCUCCACUGCAGCUUUACAUUCAAGCUAUUUACAAAGAAGUUUAAAAGCAUAAGUAGUAGGUUUUUUUUUUUCAGUGUUGGUAUGUAUUGCUAGGCUGUUUGUGUGGAUGUUGGUGUGAAACUGAAACUCAUUGAAAUAUGCAAUUAAUAAAGAAUUCAAAUAAUCUGUUUGUAAUUGUCA